AUGAUCGGAUCUGUGAACGGGCUUGUGGGCCUGUGCAAAGCUGACCAAACAUUUCCCACAUUUUGGAAUUUCCACUGCAUCAUCCACAGGGAGCAACUCGUGUCUAAAUCACUGAAUUUAGACAACGUCAUGAAGCCAGUGAUGGAAAUGGUCAACUACAUCCGCACGCAUGCGCUUAAUCACAGGCAAUUCAGGAAUCUCAUCGCUGAGCUGGACCAAGGGCUUCCCGGUGACCUGCCGCUGCACUGCACUGUGAGGUGGCUGUCAAAAGGCAAAGUACUCUCUCGCUUUUUUGAGCUUUUGGAUGCCGUGAAAAUGUUCAUGGAAGAGAAGAACAAGGACUAUCCCGAACUCUCGGACCUCGAAUGGAUUAUGGAUCUGGCCUUUUUGGUCGACAUGCUGUGUCACUUGGACAGACUGAACCUAAGCCUGCAGGGUAAGUUAAAAAUGCUACCUGACCUGGUGCAAAGUGUGUUUGCGUUUGUCAACAAACUGAAGCUGUUCAAGGCUCAUAUUCAAAAGGGAGAUUUAACACAUUUUCCCACGCUGUUAAAAGCCAGCGGACAAGUCACCAGCGCCGCCCUGAAUAAGCAAAGAGCCAGAUAUGCAGCACUGGUUGAAAACCUGCACGAAAGCUUUGUGUCCCGGUUCCGUGAUCUACAAAUGAAAAGGCCACAGAUUACGUUCCUCGUCGACCCAUUUAAUGCGGAGACGGACUGUUUGAAAGCCCCGCUAGUCACAGAUGAGGCUGCGGCUGAGUUGGAAAUGAUUGAUCUUUGUGAGGAGGACCAACUGAAAGCUGCUUUAAGGGAAGGGACCAUUGAGUUCUGGAAAAGUGUGCCAAUGGAAAAAUACCCCAAUGUCAAACAGGCUGCACUGAAGGUACUGUCAAUGUUUGGGUCAACAUACGUCUGCGAGUCUUUGUUUUCUACCCUGAAACAUGUGAAAUCAAAGCAUCGAUCUGUUCUGACUGACACCCAUGUGAAAGAAUUGCUUCGAGUGGCAACAACGGAGUAUAAGCCAGAUUUGAAGAGGAUUGUUCAAGACAAGGAGUGCCAGAAGUCCCACUAA